UGCGGAGGUCCGGCAACGCCCCCAACUUACUUCUGUUUGCGCCGCCUCGUUCGCAUCAAUUGUUUACAAAUUUUUAUAAAUAACAGCCAAUUACCCCGGCUUAAAUGUGCAAGGAGCGGUUCGGGCAUAACUUGAAGCUGUUCCCGACCGAACUCACGUGAUAAGAGUCCUGUGCGUGCGCCCGCGACCACGCACAUGGAGCAGCAACAGGCGACGCCGCCAAAAAAGAGAAGGCACAGGGAAUAUCACGAUCCAGAUUAUCACCAAACGGAAGUUCCGGAUCAAGAUCAAGAUGAUCCUAGUACAACAGAGGCUUCUCCCCUACAAUCGAAACGACUCAAAAAGGAGCAGACGGCGGAGGAGACACCGACACCAUCCGCUGAUCAAUUCGGACGCAUCCGGGACCUCCUGCGCCAGGAGUUCCAGCGGGAAAUCGCUCAAAAGGUGGAACAGCUGGCCGAGAUCGAUAGGAGACUGCUCAAGGGACGUCAGCUGCUGGACAAGCUGCGCUAUCAAGUGGUCAGCGAGUACUACCGAAAGCAACAGGUCCCCCUUACCGCAGCCGACGUGGCCAAGGUGCGCGGCGACAGCCUGUUCGGGGACGAGAUAUCUGCUCCUCAAUUGCCUCUGCAUCCAGCCAUUAAGAAAAUAGUUGGCAAGCGGCCGGUGCCCAUCCAGAAUCAUCUGCCGGAGCGCACAGCGGCUACCUUAGCUAAGCAAACAAUCAGGCUGAAGAAUCCGGCUCAUCGAAGAGCGGAAAGAAGGCGACAGCAAAAGAUCAAGGAGCAGGGCAUUGUCACCGAUCACUCCAAGGACAGGCAGAAGCAGGAGCCUCCCGUAUCCAUUAAACUAGAGGAUGAUCAACCCUGCACCAGCCGUCAGGCCCAAGAAAGGCAACUGGAGCUGAAUGCCUCGCGGCUGAACAACAAGAAUAAGUUCAAUUUUGUAGUGGGUAACACCUCCAAGUACAUUGGCAAAGGUGUUCAAGAGAAGUCCAAUGGCGAACCAGCUUUGAUCUACAAGUGGUUGGUCUAUGUUCAAGGCAAAGAGCUACCCCAACCAGUGGGGUAUUACAUUAAAAAGGUUCGCUUUCAACUGCAUCGGUCCUACCGACCCAACGACAUUGUGGACGUUCACAGCCCUCCGUUUCAGCUGACUCGUCGGGGUUGGGGCGAGUUUCCCAUGCGCAUCCAGCUGUUCUUUCAAGAUCACUUGCAGCAAAAGCCCGUUCAGUUGAUGCACACGGUGGUGCUAGACAAAACUAUGUGUGGUUUGCACACGAUGGGCGCAGAGACCACUGUGGAAAUUUGGCUAAAAGCGGAACAGGCAUUGACGCAACCUAACGAUAAACCUGCUCCUGCUCCUGCUUCCAAUCUUCCACCUGAAAAACCACCUGCUUCUCCAGAGCCGAUUGUUCCGGUUUUAGAACCCUCGCUGCUUGAAUUCCCCGUGGAGUCGUGCAAGCCUCGCACCAUUUCCAUCACUCAAAAUAAGGAGGAACUGGAUGACAAUCUGUUUGCUGGCCUAAACAAAAUUGAACUAAGCAGUGACAUCGAGCAAAUCGAACCCACGGUGCUGGUCUCGGAGCCUCUGAAGUUGAGCUACAGUCCCAUAAAACAGCCGCCGGCUCCGACGACGCCACCCAGGCCUCAGGUUCGGUUAAAUGCGGCUCCAGUCAGCGCCUCUCGACCUUCGGUGGUCUAUCUGCCGGUAAACGGUAGAAGUCCCAGACAGGAUUCUUUACCAGAAAGGCAGAGGCAGGAGUUCUCACCCGUAAAGUCGCAAUUUUCGCCAUUGAGGCAGCGAUCUGAAUCUUUGCCACCUAUACAGCCUGUACCCAACGGACAUAACAAAAAAAAUGUGGUGUUCCAGCGAGAAGGAAAGCUGUACAUCAUCGAUCCUUUGCAGCGGAAGUUGAAGCAGGUUGCGAAGCAGCAAUCGCUACUGAAGCCACAAUUGAGUCUCCUCAAACCGCCGACAGUUAAGCGGUGGCAUUUACUCCAGUGCAUACAGCAUGAUCACGGCUAUGCAAACAUGAGCGGCGAGGUGGAAGCAAAGCCUUUACUAUCCUAUAAUCCGGCCUCAGUUGUGGACACUCCUCUGAUGACACGGCCCCUUAGGCUGGAGCAUAUAUUCGGCAGUGUCCAGUUCCAAAACAUGCGCAGUGCCGUAGAGUUCCUGUUGCGUCGGUUACCGCUAGCAGCGACAGAUCAAAAUAAGGAGUAUCCUUUCACAUGUACAACCCUCCAGGAAUUCAAGGAGCAAACUGCUCUGAAGCAACGCUGCUUUGAGUACUUACGAGCACGCCUUCUGCGCCGCUGUCUGAUGCAGCACCACAAGCUGCAGCAACUUAAUUUGAGUGGGAAGGAACACUAUUGGAGCCUAAGAGAAAUCGUGGGAUUCGCUAGGGUCCAUGGCUACACUCCGCCUCUCAAAGUUAUUUUGUCCAGUGGUGAUAAGAAACGUAAACGGAAAAUGGUGUCCGAGGAGCAACUGGCACAGCGGGUGCAGGAACAGCUGAAAGGCGCGCCACAACCACAACUUUCAGCCUACAGCAGUCUUAGCUCAGUGAAUAGGCUGGAAGCUUGGAUAGCUAAGCAAACGUUACGGUUGCGUGGUCACGACCAAAAGAUGCGCGAUAAGGAGUUUAUAGAUGUGUUAGGCGUGGACAAGCCACAUUCGAAAGCUUUCGAGGAAAUCCAGUUGACAAACAAAAACCAACAAUCGGUGAACCAUCGUCAACUGCUUUACCUGCCCCCACCAAAGCAUCUGGAUUCGGCCUUGCAGUUGGUCCAGGAAAUGUGCAAGGACAUCAAUAUCACUCUGGAACCGGAGGAAUCUCCCCCAGGCGUUUCGCAGCCCGUGGCCCUUACCUUACUCGGUUCCGUGCUGUGUACCUUUGUCGAAAGAUUGGUACGCCGUUCCUUGGCCACCAAGAUGCAACAGGAGACCUCGGAACAACUACCUCUGGCAGCGGCAAAUGCUUCUUUCUGCCUGCAGCCGCAGGACAUCGGAAGGGUUAUUUGCCAGAGCUCCGAGCUGGACUUCUUGGGAAACAGCCUCCUAGGUGUUUCGCCACUGGAGCCCCAACCUGAUGGGUCGUUGCCAUAGUUCUGAAUUUAUUUUUUAUCAAGUGCUCGUAAUAGUUCAAUUUCUGCUGGGAUAUUAGUCGAUAUCUAAUUAGUUUUUUGUACUCGUUAUUAGGCAUACGGUUAAGCAAUAAAUUAACUAAAUUUAUUUUUAUACAAAAAUGAAAGAUAGCUUCGUCGUAAGGAAGUUAUGAUGAUUUUUGUCUUAAUUUUCAUUAAUUUUUAUAAUC